UGGUAUUGCCUACGUCUUAUUGAACGUGGUAGGGAUCGGCCAUUUUUGUCGAAUCCGUCUUUUCGUGAUAAUUCAACAUGAAGAUCGGACUUUGUGCCUAUAGUGGAUAUAAAAUAUAUCCUGGCCAUGGCAAAACCAUGGUUAAAGUGGAUGGAAAAACAUUCACUUUUUUGAACUCGAAAUGUGAGGCAGCACAUUUAAUGAGGCGUAAUCCAAGAAAAGUCACAUGGACUGUUCUGUACAGACGAAAACAUAAGAAAGGCCAAGAGGAAGAACAAUCGAAAAAGCGGACAAGGCGUACUCAGAAAUUCCAACGUGCUAUUGUUGGUGCAUCACUUACAGAUAUCUUGGCAAAACGUAAUAUGAAACCAGAAAUUCGUAAAGCACAGAGAGAACAAGCAAUCAAAGCCGCGAAGGAGCAGAAGAAAGCAGCGAAGGCCACAAAGAAGGCUGUUGUUCCAGCCAAAGCAAAAGCUGCACCAAAACACAAAGCUGCGAAAGUAACACAGAAGGUGGCACCACGUGUUGGAGGAAAACGUUAAAUUCUGAUACUAUUUAAAUAAAAUAAACUUUAUAUUUAAAGA